UACAUUUUAUAAAUUCGAUGGCUUAAGUGUUUUCACAGGUGAUAUCGAAUUUGUUAAGUAAUUACACACACCACUGCUCACCAAUCCGUAUCCGUGCUUGUUUGGUGAACAAGAUCUCAUUGGAGUUCAUCUCAACUGGUUGGACGAGCCGCACCUGUGGAAAGAAAAGGACCCUUCUGUCGCUCAGGUGUUUACUCCAUUUUGGUGCUUUGUGCUGGACGGUCACAACGCUUACUAAGGACAUUUAAUUUGUUCUCAAAGUUUCUACCAUGACGAUUUGGAUUGCACUUCUUCUUGCGACUUUCGCAGUGGGUGCCUCAGCUCAAUGCAAAUGUGAAAGUAUGAAGUGGGCCACAUGCGAUGACACCCCUUGCCAAUGUAGCAUUAUGGUUGAAGCUGGUAUGCAACAAAACCUGAACUGCUCUACAUUGAUCCCCAAAUGCUACCUGAUGAAGGCAGAGAUGUACCGUGCUAAGAACAACCUGUCCACUCGUACUGGAGGAAAGCCAGUCGAGACUGCCUUCGUGGACAAUGAUGGUAUCUAUGACCCGGUCUGUGAGGCCACUGGUGCCUUCCAUGCCAAACAGUGCAACAACACUGAGGAGUGUUGGUGUGUCAACAGUGCUGGCGUGCGCAGAACCGACAAGGGAGACAAGAACCUCAAGUGUGAGAAGCUCGUGGAGACCUAUUGGGUUCGCCUGGAGCUCAAGCACAAGGAAGUGAGCAAAGCCGUGGAUGUAAAUAAGUUGCAGGCUGCCAUUGCAAAUGCCAUCGAAACCCGUUACAGCUUUGACAAGACCCUUGUGAAGGAGGUGGAGUAUGACCCCGAUGCUCGCAUGAUCGUCGUCGACGUCAAGAAGGAGAAGGGAGACCGCAAAGCCGACCUAUCGCGUAUGGCCUARUACAUGGAGAAAGACGUCAAGGUGCUGCCCCUGUUCGCCAACCAAGAAAAGUUUGAGCCCAGUGUGGACGGUCAGAAGCUGGAGAUGGAGAACAUCUUGGUGUACUAUGUGGAUGAGGAGGCCCCCACCUUCACCAUGAAGAGGCUGACCGGGGGCAUUAUCGCAGUCAUCGUGGUGGUCAUCCUGGCCGUGGUCGCUGGACUGCUGGUCCUUUUCUUUGCAAGGAAGCGAGAGCAGAAGUACAGCAAGGCGGAGCCCAGAGAGAUGGAGGCCCUGUAGACAAUCCUUCACCAGUCGGUUCUACGCUGGAAUAUUAACAGCUUGUACAUAGCCCUUUAACAAAACAUUGUUUGCAAUUGUGCUGUUUUUAAUAUUGUUACUUGAGGGAUGCUGUUUGUAAAGGACUGGACUUUWUAUUUGGCACUGUUACUACCACAAGCAUCUUUGUAUAUAAACUGGUGUCAUUUUAAAUCCUAAUGUCUGUAAAAUGGCAAAGCUACAGUGCUUCAGAAACACAUGAUACAUGUCCAGGUUGAUUUAAAUGCAUCAAUGUUUUUAUUAAAUGAAGUCUGAAUGAUGGUAACCUGUACAGUUUCAUAUAUGCAUUGUGUUUUGAUGGAUUGUUAUUAAUAAAGUCUUAAAAUAUC